AUGUCAGAACACAUUCAGCUCUCAGUAGCCCUGUGUAGGAUUGGCUUUUACACGUGUCUCCAGAAGUUAUGCUGUAAGGCCCCCCCUCCACCGAGACCUGAGUACGACGUGGUGUGCAUUGGACUGAGCGGUGCCGGAAAGACAAGUCUGCUCUCUCGUUUGUGCAAUGAGAUCAGUGAUGGCACGGUACCAACCACAGGUUUCAGCAUCAAAGCAGUGCCAUUUGAAAAUGCCAUACUGAAUGUGAAGGAACUUGGAGGAGCUGAAACUAUCAAGAAGUACUGGAGCCGAUAUUAUCAAGGUUCCCAAGGAGUAGUGUUUGUCCUCAACAGUGCCGCGUCAGAUGAAGAGAUGGAGGCAUCCCGGUCUGAGCUCCACCUGGCCUUACAGCAUCCUCAGCUGUGCACCCUUCCUUUCCUCGUCCUCGCCAACCACCAGGAUUCACCAGCUGCCCGUUCUGUAUCAGAGAUACGAAAGUUCUUUGAAUUGGAGCCGCUGGCCCGAGGGAAGAGAUGGAUUCUUGCUGGCACCUCAACCAAUAACAUGGAGGACGUGAAAGAGAGCUUCAGUCAACUCAUCAGCCUUUUGGAGGAGAAGGAGGUGCUACCUAGCAGGAUAUGA